UGGGGCAGCAGGUUCCUGGCCAAGUCGUUGCCAGCCGGGAGGGAUCCUCAGGGCGUUACUUGUGACGGGGCCGAGCCCGGGCCCAGCUCAGUUGGUUUAAGCCACGGGAACGUGGGGGGGCCACCAGCAGGGCGAGGAGCACCAGCCCUGCCCACCCCCCCGGGCAUCCUCCCACUUCUCGGGGGGUGGUCGGAGCACUGGCCAGUGGUGGGAGUGUGUGGCCCGUGGUUGAAGUGUGUGGCCUGUGGCAGGAGAUCAUGGCUUGUGGUUGGAGUGCGUGGCCCGUGGCAGGAGAUUGUGGCCCGUGGUCGGAGCACGUGGCCUGUGGCAGGAGAUCGUGGCCCACAGCAGGAGAUCGUGGCCGUGCCAGGAGAUCGUGGCCCGUGGCAGGAGAUCGUGGCCCACAGCAGGAGGUCGUGGCUGUGGCAGGAGGUCAUGGCCGUGGCAGGAGAUCGUGGCCGUGCCAGGAGAUCGUGGCCCGUGGCAGGAGAUCGUGGCCCACAGCAGGAGGUCGUGGCUGUGGCAGGAGGUCAUGGCCGUGGCAGGAGAUCGUGGCCGUGCCAGGAGAUCGUGGCCCGUGGCAGGAGAUCGUGGCCCACAGCAGGAGGUCGUGGCUGUGGCAGGAGGUCAUGGCCGUGGCAGGAGAUCGUGGCCGUGCCAGGAGAUCGUGGCCCGUGGCAGGAGAUCGUGGCCCACAGCAGGAGGUCGUGGCUGUGGCAGGAGGUCAUGGCCGUGGCAGGAGAUCGUGGCCGUGCCAGGAGAUCGUGGCCCGUGGCAGGAGAUCGUGGCCCACAGCAGGAGGUCGUGGCUGUGGCAGGAGGUCAUGGCCGUGGCAGGAGAUCGUGGCCGUGCCAGGAGAUCGUGGCCCGUGGCAGGAGAUCGUGGCCCACAGCAGGAGGUCGUGGCUGUGGCAGGAGGUCAUGGCCGUGGCAGGAGAUCGUGGCCGUGCCAGGAGAUCGUGGCCCGUGGCAGGAGAUCGUGGCCCACAGCAGGAGGUCGUGGCUGUGGCAGGAGGUCAUGGCCGUGGCAGGAGAUCGUGGCCGUGCCAGGAGAUCGUGGCCCGUGGCAGGAGAUCGUGGCCCACAGCAGGAGGUCGUGGCUGUGGCAGGAGGUCAUGGCCGUGGCAGGAGAUCGUGGCCGUGCCAGGAGAUCGUGGCCCGUGGCAGGAGAUCGUGGCCCACAGCAGGAGGUCGUGGCUGUGGCAGGAGGUCAUGGCCGUGGCAGGAGAUCGUGGCCGUGCCAGGAGAUCGUGGCCCGUGGCAGGAGAUCGUGGCCCACAGCAGGAGGUCGUGGCUGUGGCAGGAGGUCAUGGCCGUGGCAGGAGAUCGUGGCCGUGCCAGGAGAUCGUGGCCCGUGGCAGGAGAUCGUGGCCCACAGCAGGAGGUCGUGGCUGUGGCAGGAGGUCAUGGCCGUGGCAGGAGAUCGUGGCCGUGCCAGGAGAUCGUGGCCCGUGGCAGGAGAUCGUGGCCCACAGCAGGAGGUCGUGGCUGUGGCAGGAGGCCUGUAAACACAGUUUAG